GACUGCAUUCUCUCUCUGGAUUACUGGUCUGUGGAAAAGAAAGAGCCACAGCCAGAUAAAAAAAAGGAAGACAGAAGCAUACCAUCAUCCACCAUACUUGGAUGAAUUAUUACUCUAUGCCACCAUACCACGAAAACACACAAACUAGGUAACUACAAAGUACUGAAAAAGAAAUAAUAAUAACAGUUUUUUUUAACGUGAUUUAACAAUUCAAAUCUUAUCUGUGGUACAAUUAUUUUCAUUAAAUUAUUUGAUUUGAUAAUAAUUAAUCAAGCGCUAGACCUGUGAUCAUUUAAUUUACAAAUACACAAACAAACACUAAAUAAUGUUCCUGCUCUAGAGGUCGGACGUAAAUCGCGAAAAGGAGCACAAUGAGAUGACAAACAAUACAAAAUAAUAAAGUGUGUAUGUGAUAAAUAUUCAGUACAUAAAAUAUACUAUGAUAAUCCAUGAAAACUUGGUAGUCUCUUGAAUAAAUAAGUGCUGGGAGCCCGUUUCAUGUAGUCGCAUCUUACUCAAUUCACAAAGCAGUAAUCUGUGGACAAUUUGCGAUGAAUUCAGUGGCUAUAAACGGCGGAAAUGACCGGUUGAUCCACGAGGCAGAUCAGCUCAUAUCGUACAUCGAACGGGGCUCUACGGUGCUCAGGUUCUAUCCCAGGAAGCGACCGGAGCGUCGGAUGCUGUCCGUUCGCCGAGAAACGCAUCAAGUCAUAUGGUACAGGACUGGAGUUCCACAGCGGCAAGCGUUCGAAGGUGCAUUAGAUAUACGUGAUAUAAAAGAAGUACGUAUCGGGAAAAUUGGGAAGGAGUUCGAGAGAUGGCCCGAGGAAGCCAAGAGGGUUGAGAACAGCAAAUGUUUCUGCAUUUACUACGGGUGCGAGUUCAAAUUGCGAUCAGCUUCAUUUGCAGCUUCAACAGACAAGGAAUGUGAGGCCUGGAAACAGGGGCUAAAGUUCCUAAUAGAGGAGGCCAUAAAUGCUUCGUAUCCACUGCUUAUUGAGAGAUGGCUGAGAAAAGAGUUUUACUCCAUCGAAAAUUCGAAUGAAAAGAUAUCAUUGAAGGAAGUAAAAGCCUUUCUACCAAAGAUCAACUGCAAGAUAGCAACGAACCGGCUUAGAGACAUCUUCACGGAAAUCGACGUGAACAAGGCCGGGGAACUAUCCUUUGAUGAAUUCAAUUUGUUUUAUGAAAAGUUGGUUUACGAUGAGAAUUCCGUGAGUGAUAUCUUCAACAAAUAUUCUGCCUACUGCUCCAACGGAACAACCAUCACUCUGCGAGAGUUCCAACGCUUUCUAUUGACUGAGCAACACGACCAAAUAGGCGAGGAUGAAGUCAAGGUUUCGCAGUUCAUCAGGGACUACCUCAGGGACCCUCAGAGGGACAUCUACGAACCCUACUUUACACUUCAUGAGUUUGUGGAGAUGCUAUUUUCCAAGCAGAACUCUAUUUGGGACACAAAACAUGAUCAUGUUUCCCAGGACAUGACGAGACCUCUGUCACACUACUGGAUCUCCUCCUCACACAAUACAUAUCUAACGGGAGACCAGUUCUCGAGCGAGUCAUCGGUGGAAGCGUACGUGCGAUGCCUCAGGGCCGGCUGCAGGUGUAUAGAACUAGACUGCUGGGAUGGUCCAGACGGAACGCCCUUCAUAUACCACGGACACACAUUGACUACCAAAAUAAAAUUUAUGGACGUUCUGAGAACUAUAAAGGAGCACGCUUUCGUAGCGUCCGAUUACCCUUUGAUAUUAUCGAUAGAGGAUAACUGCUCUUUGCCUCAACAACGGCGCAUGGCGAGCGCUUUCCAAGAUGUUUUCGGCGAGAUGCUGGUGGUACAGCCCUACGAGAAGAACGAAACUGUGCUACCGUCACCGCACGAGUUGAAACGCAAAAUUAUAUUGAAGCACAAAAAACUUCCCGAAGGUGCCGAAGAGAACUCUUUCGCCGUGCGUCAGGAAGAAGGCAAGGACUUAGACCUGCGCAACACCAUAAAAAAUGGCAUUUUAUUGCUGGAAGAUCCGGUGGAUAAAGAGUGGAAUCCACACGCGUUUGUGCUUACGGAAAACAAGUUGUAUUACACGGAACACUACAACACCCCGGGCGAAACGGACAACGAUAGCGACGGGGAGCCAGAAGGAGAUAAUACCAGCGUACCCCAAGAUGAAUUACACUUUGCCGAGUGCUGGUUCCAUGGCAAAUUGGCUGGUAAUCGACAAGAGGCCGAGGACCUUUUAAGGGCCCAUUGCCAUUUGGGGGAUGGGACGUUUCUAGUGCGUGAAAGCGUAACCUUCGUUGGGGACUAUUGCCUAUCUUUCUGGCGGCAAGGCAAAGUGAACCACUGCCGGAUAAAGCUGAAGCAAGAACGGGGCAUCACUAAGUACUACCUUAUCGAUGCGGUGUGCUUCGAUAGUCUGUACAGCCUCAUCACUCAUUACAGACAGCAUCCACUUAGGAGCCAGGAGUUCCUAAUAACCCUCAAAGAGCCAGUGCCUCAGCCCAACAAACACGAGGGCAAGGAGUGGUGGCAGGCGACGUGCUCGCGCGCGCACGCCGAGGAACUGCUGCGUAAGGCCAACGCGGACGGCGCCUUCCUCGUGCGCCCUAGCGAAAAAGAGCAAGGCUCUUAUGCUAUCAGUUUUAGAACGGAAAAGGAAAUCAAACAUUGCCGUAUCAAGCAAGAAGGACGUCUAUACACAAUCGGCACUGUCAAAUUCGAAAGCCUCGUCGAACUAGUGUCAUACUACGAGAAGAACCCACUAUACAAGAAAGUCAAACUAUGGUUCCCAGUUAGCGACGACAUCGUGCGGCGAAUCAUUGCAGAGCCAGACGAUAACUCAGUGUAUGGGACGCCGGGGUACAUGGAUCCUACAUCUUUUACUUCUAAGAUAACUGUAAAGGCAUUGUACGACUACCGAGCGCGUCAGGACGAUGAGCUGUCGUUUUGCAAGCAUGCCAUCAUUACCAAUGUGGACAAGCCAGAUGAAGGCUGGUGGCGCGGCGACUACGGUGGCAAGAAACACCAUUGGUUCCCCGCCAACUAUGUGCAGGAGAUCGAGGUGCCACACAUGCCGGAUAUCUCUUGCCUGGAGAACGAAUCAGCUGCAUUGGGAUCCUUACAAAAGGGAGUUGUAGACGUUUUGGGAGCAGUGGUGGAACUUGUUUUGGUCGACGAAGGGGGAACUGCGCGGUGGAUCGUGCGUAUACAGAGCCCCGCUAUGUGUGCGCCCUUCGACAUGGCCGCGCCGACCAGGGAAAUAGCCCUCGAAUGGCUCACGGCGAUAAAAGAAGCCGCUCAAAGUGCCAGCGAAAAAUCUCGCAUGCACAAGAAAAUGGAGCGAGCGUGGAGGAUCGCCAAAGAAAUGUCCGACCUCAUAGUCUACUGCCGCUCUGUCGCCUUCAACCAAGAACGUCUCCGCAACGCUUUCAUCUGCAACGAAAUGUCGUCCUUCCCCGAAACCAAAGCCGAACGUCUGAUGUGCCAGCAGGAAACUUCUUUCUUCAUGAAAUACCACAGCGUUCAACUCAGCCGAAUUUACCCGAAAGGACAACGAAUCGAUUCAUCCAAUUAUAACCCUGUACCGUUCUGGAAUGUUGGAUCUCAGAUGGUCGCUUUGAAUUACCAGACCCCAGAUAAGGCGAUGCAGAUUAAUAUGGGCAAGUUUAAGGAGAACGGUGGGUGCGGAUAUGUUCUGAAGCCGGAGUUUAUGUUUGUGGAAGGGUACAAUCCGUAUGAUAAGAAGAGUAUCGAGCAGAAAGUUCGUCCGAUGUCUGUGAUGCUGCGUGUGAUUGCGGCGAGGCAUCUGUGCAAAUCGGGAAGGGGGACAGCCAGCCCUUUCGUCGAGGUAGAAAUAAUCGGUGCGGAGUACGACACUGGAGUCAAGCUUACCACAAAGACAGUCACAGACAACGGCAUAAACCCGAUCUGGAACGACAUCUGCGAGUUUGAAGUGGCGAACCCCGAGAUGGCAUUGAUAAGAUUCGUGGUGCAAGACGAGGACAUGUUUGGAGACCCUAAUUUCAUCGGCCAGGCUACCUACCCUCUAUUGUGUCUUCGAGCUGGUUAUCGAAGCGUGAUCUUAACCAAUGGGUAUUCUGAAGAACUUGAGUUGUCAUCUCUAUUGGUACACAUAUCUUUUACACGAGGACAUUAAAUGACAAUAGAUUACGCUUGAAUUGCAUAUUGCGGCAAAGACGUGCGGCGGUCAAAGAGUUUCUUCAAAGGCUUAGCGCCAAAAGAUAGCUGCAAUAUGAUUAUUGUAAUCAACUCUGAUUCGCCGACACUCCCAAGAAUUGAUUGCAGAAAGAAUGACAAAAAUAAAAAACCGGUCAAUGCGUGUUGGACUACGUUAUUGAUUUGCGUCGUUUUUCCAUUUACGAGUACUUUUCGAUGCUGCCGUAGCUCUUGCAUUUGC